AUGGAUGUCGAAGCCCCACAGCGCCACCCGCAGGCAGGACGCAGACGCGCACGCGGGGGGACCGAGCUGAAGCUAAGGGCGGGGAGAAACAAAGCCCCCGGCGGCGUGGGGAGAGGGGGUGUCCGCGCGCUGCCCUGGCAACGCGUGCCGGCCCCGGCCCCGGAUUGGCUGCGGCGGCGGGCGGCGCGGUGUCUCCUGGGAGCGCGUUCCCGCCGCGGCGGCAGCGCCGGUUUGAACUUGGCGGCGACGGCGGCCCUGGCCUCAGCGGCGGGCUCCGUUCCGCCUCCCCUCCCCCGCCCCGGCCCCGGCGGCGCCGCCGCGGCCAUGGACGCUGAGGAGGGCGCGCUGCCGCCGCCGCGCAGGCGAGGGGAGGCCCCCGGCGGCUCGAGCCCGGCGCCCGCCUCGCCGCUCUCCCUGCUGCAGAGCGACAGCGACGGCGCCGAGGAGCGGCAGCAGCGCCGGGGGCGGAGGCUGCACCGGCCCGAGCCCGCCAGCCGGGACCGGGGCGCGGCGAAGCCGCAGUCCGAGCCCAGUGGGUCGGAGGAGAGCGAGGAGGCCGAACGGAGGGUGGGGGCCGCGUCCUCGGAAGAAGGGGAGACCUUGGGGAGCGCCAGAAUUAAAGAAAGAGAAAAUUUGGAAAAAGGACAUCAGUGGCUUGUGUUAGAGGCUAGUCUGACACCAUGGGAAGAGUGGUUUGUUUGCAAAGAAAAAGAACAACGUGCUCGUCUACAAAACAGAGCUUUGGAGGAACUAAGUCUACAACAAGAAAAAAGAAAAGAAGUGGAAGAGCGUGAAAAAAGAAAAAAAUAUGCGAAGGAAAAACACAAGGAGUGGCUUCACAAAAAGAAUGAACAGGAAAGAAAAGAAAGGGAAUGGAAGCUUAAUAAAGAAAUGGAAGAAAAAGCCGCAAAGGACCUAGAGAAAGAACAUUUGCAAGAAAAAGCUAAAGAAAAAUAUAAAGAAUGGUUAAGGAAAAAAUUGGCAGAAGAACAUGAGAAGAAAAAAAAGGAAAAGGAAAAAGAAAAGCAGCGGCUUGCUGAACAACAGGAAAAAAAAGAAAUCUCCGAAAAGAAGUUUAAGGAAUGGCUGCAGAAUGUGAAAAACAAACCUCGUCUCAUUCCAAAGAGCUAUGGUUAUGCCAAUGGGAAACUGACAGGUUACUACAGUGGAAUUGCCUGCUCACAGCCAAGCUUUUGUAAUCCAAUCCCAUGGAAGCCCAUUUACAUUCCUCCACCUAAGGAGUCGAAGACUGCUAUAACUGUGAAGAAGAGCAAAAGACCUGUGUCCAUUCCGCCUUACAGGUCCUCCUCUUUGGUCUUUCAUAAAAACAAGGGCAAUCUUUGCCUUGGAACUCUGUGCAGAAUACAAAGAUAGUAUAUGUACCAGAUAGCCUAAAUGCUAAAAUACUCUCUUUAAAAAAAAACAAACUAGAACUAUUUUUGUUACUCGGUAUUAGCUUAAUAUUUUGUGUGAUGAUUUAUCAUUUUUAUAAUUGUUGGUAGGAAUCUGCAAGUUAAUUAAGGGAGACGUUUGCACUUUUUUAUUUUUAUAAAUGUUUCAAAGUUGUGUGUUUGUAAAAAUUCGCAUGUAUGCAAUUAAAAAAUAUGUUUGUAUUUAA